GCGGAUUUGACUCGCCCGGCAGUGCCCGGUGGAUGCCGGUGCCGUAGCACCCGCGGGGCCGGCGGCCGAGGCGAUGCUGCGGGCGGCGGAGCGGCGCUGAGCGCACCCGCCGCCUCCUCCCGCCGCGGACGUUGCCCGGUGCCGGAUACAAAAUGGCGCUGCCGUCACGGGCGGCGGCGGCGGCGCUGCUGCUGCUGGGGCUGCUGCGCUCGGCCGCCGCCGGCUGCCCCGCGGGCUGCGCCUGCGGCGGGGACACGCUGAGCUGCGGCGGGCUGGCACUGCCCGCCCUGCCCCGGGACCUGCCCCACUGGCCGCGGCACGUAAACCUGAGCUACAACAAGUUGGCAGAGAUUGAUCCUUCUGUCUUUGCAGAGCUGUCGAACCUGCAGGAAGUGAGGCUGGACCACAACGAGCUGAGUGCCAUUCCCUCCCUGGGACCUGCAGCCUCCAGUGUCCGUGCCCUGCACCUGCAUCACAACAGGAUCCGCAGCAUUGAGGGCAGAGAGCUGCAGCCCUACGUUACCCUGGAAACGCUGGACCUGAGCUUCAAUGACAUCACGGAAAUCCGAAACGGCUGCUUCCCACAGGGACUGCUCAUCAAGGAGCUCUACCUGGGGAGCAACAGAAUCAGCACCCUGGAGCCCGGUGCCUUUGAUAGCCUGUCCCGGACCCUGCUGACACUCAGGCUGAGUAAAAACAGGAUCACUCAGCUUCCUGUCAAGGCCUUCAGGCUGCCCAGGCUAAUUCAGCUGGAGCUGAACCGCAAUCGCCUCCGCCUGAUUGAAGGGCUGACGUUCCAGGGGCUGGACAGCCUGGAAGUGCUGAAACUGCAGCGCAACAACAUCAGCAAACUGACUGAUGGGGCUUUCUGGGGCCUGGCCAAAAUGCAAGUUCUGCACCUGGAAUACAACAGCCUGACAGAAGUGAACAGUGGCUCUCUCUAUGGCCUUUCCUCUCUGCACCAGCUUCACCUCAGCAACAACUCCAUAUCCCGCAUUAACCCCGAUGGCUGGAGCUUCUGCCAGAAGCUGCAUGAGCUGAUUCUCUCCUACAACAACCUGACCAGGCUGGAUGAGGGAAGCCUGGCAGACCUCGGGGGGCUGCACGUGCUGAGGCUGAGCCACAAUUCCAUCAACCACAUUGCAGAAGGAGCUUUCAGGGGACUCAAAAACCUCCGUGUCCUGGAACUGGACCACAACGACAUCUCAGGCACAAUAGAAGAUACCAAUGGAGCCUUCACAGGCCUGGAAAACCUGAGCAAGCUAACUCUGUUUGGAAACAAGAUCAAGUCGGUGGCCAAGAAAGCGUUCUCAGGGUUGGAGGCUCUGGAGCACCUGAACCUGGGGGACAAUGCCAUCCGCUCCAUCCAAGCCGAUGCCUUUGCCAGGAUGAGGAGCCUGAAGCAGCUCCACAUUAACAGUGACAGCUUCCUCUGUGACUGCCAGCUGAAGUGGCUGCCCCAGUGGCUGGUGGAGAAGCAGCUGCAGUCCUUUGUGGUGGCCACCUGUGCCCAUCCUGAGUCACUGAAGAGCAAGAGUAUUUUUGCCAUCCAGCCAGAGAGUUUUGUGUGUGACGAUUUCCCCAAGCCCCAGAUCAUCAUCCAGCCUGAGACGACUGUGGCUGUCCUGGGCAAGGACAUCCGCUUCACCUGCCUGGCUGCCAGCAGCAGCAGCUCCCCCAUGGUGUUUGCCUGGAAGAAGGACAACGAGAUGCUGCACAACGCCGAGAUCGAGAACUUUGCGCACGUGCGCGCCAAGGACGGGGAGGUGAUGGAGUGCACCACCAUCCUGCACCUGCGGCACGUCACCUUCGCGCACGAGGGCCGCUACCAGUGCGUCAUCACCAACCACUUCGGCUCCACCUACUCCAACAAGGCCAGGCUCACCGUGAAUGUGCUGCCAUCGUUUAUCAAGACCCCCCACGACAUCACGAGCCGGACGGGCACGACGGCGCGGCUGGAGUGCGCGGCCGAGGGCCACCCCGCGCCGCAGAUCGCCUGGCAGAAGGACGGCGGCACCGACUUCCCCGCGGCCCGCGAGCGCCGCAUGCACGUCAUGCCCGACGACGACGUCUUCUUCAUCACCGACGUCAAGGUGGAGGACAUGGGCGUCUACAGCUGCACGGCUCAGAACUCGGCGGGCUCCGUGCUGGCCAACGCCACCCUCACCGUGCUGGAGACACCAUCCUUGCUCCAUCCCCUGGAAGACCACGUGGUGUCCGUCGGCGAGACCGUGGCUCUCCAGUGCAAAGCCACGGGGAGCCCCCCGGCCCGCAUCACCUGGCUGAAAGGUGACCAGCCCCUGGUGGUGACAGAAAGGCACCACUUCACCUCGGGCAACCAGCUGCUGAUCAUCAGGAACGUGGUGCUGGAGGACGCAGGCAAGUACACGUGUGAGAUGUCCAACACGCUGGGCACGGAGCGCGCGCACAGCCACGUCAGCAUCCUGCAGGCGCUGGGCUGCCGCAAGGACCGCACCACCGUGGGCAUCAUCACCAUCGCCGUGGUCUGCAGCAUUGUGCUCACCUCCCUCGUCUGGGUCUGCAUCAUCUACCAGACCAGGAAGAAGAGUGAGGAGUACAGUGUCACCAACACAGAUGAGACUAUUGUGCCUCCUGAUGUGCCAAGCUACUUGUCCUCGCAGGGGACUCUCUCGGAGCGCCAGGACGUGGCCAUUGGAGUGGACACCCAGCAGCCUAACGGGCACAUUGACAGCAAUGGGAUGUGUCAGGCUGAUGCUGGAAGGUGUCCAGAUGUUGAAGCUCCUGCUGUAGGUUGUAGACAGCCCAAGCUGUGUAUCAGCUAUAACAAAGACACUUGGAAAACUGAGGACAUGGCCGAUGGAAUGCUUGUUCCAGAUAAGACAGGCUAUGGGCUGCCCGUGGUGUGCGCGGAGUGCAGCGGCAGCACGGACAGCGAGAGCGUCCACCCCUACCCCAGGGACUGCCAGGGCCUAAAGACUGUGGAGAACAGCCACCCCAAUGCACUGAGCAGCAGGGAGCACCAGAGGAAGAGGGGUGCAGGCACCAGCCUUCUUCAUGCCCAGCCCUGCAAUGGCAUUGCCAGUGGCAAGAGGGUGGAGACAGACGGGACCCUCUACCCCAGCAACCACGACAGGAUACGGCCGGAGGGCGCGCAUGGCUCUUCACAAGCAGCAGCAAAGCCUUCAGAGCUUAACAACCUUAAUUUGGUGAGAGCUUCGCCUGCAGGAGGGUCAUUAAAGCAACUGAACGUGCUUCCUGAAAUAUCCCCAGCACUACUGGAUCUGCAGGGGGAAGCAGAGGUGGAGCAGGCUCUCCUGCCCAGCAGCACAGCCCAGCCCCACGACUCCACUCACGAGCCCAAGCUGCCCAACAGGUCUCUGGACUGAGAGCACAGACUGACUGCCACGUGCAAAUUAACAAACACACUAUUACUUUUUAAAUUUUUUUUUUUUGCACAGAGUAUAUAGGCUACUUACUUCUACCUCGAAUCUCGAACUGAUGGCCUGGCAAAGGCAACCAACUGAGGUAUGAGAAACAAGCUUGUAUGGGGAACAAACUCCUGUUCGAGCGUCAUCUGAUUGUACAUAGUUUAAAACUUCCCUGAGAAGUAUGAAGUGUUCAAAAGUCAACUUGCAUAUGAAGCACAUAAAUGCAAGGGAUUAUUGUGUAAAGAGAAAAAGUAUUUGAUACAAUUGUACAUAAGAGUUUUCAUAUAUAAAUAUAUAUAUAAAUAUAUAUAUAUAUCUUUUACAGAGGCUAUUUUAAUCUUUAGUGCAUGGAAAACUGAGUGAAAUUUUACAGUUUUGGCAAUAUUGUUUUCAGUAUCAGGUUGCUGUUAAACUUUGUGAGAGAAAUAAUUCUGGUGCCUUAAAUGUAUAAACAGAACUUUUAAAAGCCAGACUGUUCCAAAGGGAUUGUCCUCUUUUCAGUGGAAGUUCCUUUACACCAUGUACACCGGGGCUGGGGCAAUCCCAGGUACUGGUUGGGUGGAAAAGUGACCAGGAACAGCCCUGUGGAAGAGGGAUUUGGGGGUGUUGGUGGAUCAGAGGCUGGACAUGCCCUAGCCAUGGGUGCUCACAGCCCAGAAAUCCAACCCGGCCUGCAUCCAGAGCAUUGUGGGCAGCAGGUUCUCCUCCUCUGCUCCACUCAGGUGAGGCCCCACCUGGGGUUCUGCACAUAUUUCUGGUGCUCUCAAUGUAAGGAGCAAUGAGUUCAAACUGAAAAGGGGGAAAUUUAGGCUAGAUGCAGAAGUUGUUGAAAUUCUUCCCUGUGAGGGUGGUGAGGCACUGGUACAGGUUGCCAGAGAAGCUGCAGAUGUCCCAUCUCUGUAGGUGUUCAGGCUGGAUGCACCUCUGAGCAACCUGGACUAAGGAAAGGUCUCCCUGCCCAUGGCAGGGGGUUGGAACAAGAUCAUCUUUAAGGUCGGGCCAGGCUGGAUAGAUGGGCUAAAUCCAACAACGUAAAAUUGAACAAGACCAAGUGCUGGGUCCUACACUUUGGCCACAACAACCCCUCUGUGUUACAGGCUGGGCACAGAGUGGCUGGACAGUGCCCAGAUUUCAGGAAGGGACCGGGGGGCACUGGUUGACACCUGACUGGACAUGAGCCAGCAGUGUGCCCAGGUGGCCAAGAAGGCCAAUGGCUCCUGGCCUGUAUCAGGAAUGGUGUGGCCAGCAGGAGCAGGGAGGUCACUCUGCCCCUGUUCUCUGCACUGGCCACACCUCGCGUGCUGUGUCCAGUUCUGGCCCCUCAGUUUGGAAUGGACCUUGAGAUGCUGGAAUGUGUCCAGAGGAGCUAAAGAGGCUGGAGGGGGCUGGGAACACAAAUCCUGUGAGGAACCACUGAGGGAGCUGGGGGUGCUCAGCCUGGAGGAAAGGAGGCUGAGGUGACCUUAUCACUCCCUACAACUCCCUGAAAUGGAGCCAGGUGGGGAUCAGGCUCUUCUCUCAGGGAACCACAGAGGAUACAGCCUUAAGCUGUGCCAGGGGGAGUUUAGGCUGGACAUUAGGAAAAAAUUCCUCAUAGAAAGUGACUGGACAUUGGAAUGGGCUGCCCAGGGAGAUGGUGGAGUCCCCGUGCCUGGACGAGUUUAAAAAGAGACUGGAUCUGGCACUUAGCCAUGGUUUAGAUGAUAAGGUGGUGUUAGGUCAUAGGUUGGACUUGAUCAUCUCAAAGGUUUCUUCCAGCCUAGUUAAUCCUGUGAUUCUGUCCUUUCCAACCCAAGACUUUCUGUGAUUCAAUUGGAUUACUUGGCACAAAUUUCCUUGCCCUUGGAAAUUUAUUGUACUUAACACAUUUAAUAACAGUGAUCUUCAGUUGUGUCAAAUGAAAUUUAUAAAGAAAAAAAGCAGUGAGCAAUUACAUAGCAACCUGAUAUUUUUCCUGUUGGUGGAAGAACUUGAAUUCCAUUAUUUUUCAAAACUUCAUAAAAAUUAGUAUUUGAACAGUGACUGUGUGAGAUUUUAGAGUGGACCACACAGGAGGCACUAAAUAACUCUUCAACAGUGUAGAGCCCCAAAACAACUAGAGGAAAAGGCUGUUUUGACUGGGAAGAAGUUGUUACCAAAAUAAAUAACUUGUGCAGUAAACCAGGGGUGGUCUCACAACAGUGCACCUCUCAAACACAUCAUCACAGAGGUUUUACCUGCCAUGUGUGCACAGCUCUGAGCACCACAGCCCUCACCACAGGCCCUUCCCCUCCCAAAGGGACCCAGCUCUACCUGUCUGAGGUGUGUGCAGCAAUCCAGCCUUGCCCUGCUUAGAAUAAAUAACCUGUGCCAGUGUAAUGCAUUUUCACACCCAAAACCCACAUCUGUUCUGUGGGGGUUUGAAACCAUAGAGCUGUUUUGACAACAAAACCAAACUGUACUCCUGAGGGGACAGCUGUAUCACUAAUUCAUCCAAUACUUUUUUUUCCCUGCAACACAAUAUUACACUUUGUAGUUGAACAGCCAGGACUCUAUAUGAAAACAUCACGUUCAAGUGAGUUAUGCUGCCUUGUGUAGCAACUCUGGGCUAGUUAGAAAUACACUUGUUUCAUAAGGAAAACUGUGGAUUCAUGGUUGAACAGACUUCUAAAUGGAAAUGUCCCAAACGUUUUUAUGUGGUCUUUUAAGUUCAUCCAUUAAUGGGGGGGGAAUAUAAAGAAAUGCCCACCUCAGUCAAACAGAUCUUGGUCACUUCUGACUUCACAAUGACGCUCUUCAUUUAUAGGAAGGUUGCUUUCUCUUGGUGUCUGUUGGUACCUGUGGAUGGAGGACUCCCAGUUCUUUGUGAUUUGAGUUCUGCUAACAUGAGGUUGCUGACUCUGGUGAUGACUACUUUGGGGCAGGUUAAUCAUGGGUGGGAGGGGGUGUUGUUACCUUUUUUCCUUAGGAGCAACACAAAUACCAGUUCCAGUGAGGCCCAGUCUGGGAACCCACCUUUGCCAGGACUGUGGUUCAGAACAAGCAGCAGAGAUAAGGGCAGAAACACUUCAUGGUCACUUUAGCUCCAUCACUGAGGGACCUGCCCCAGUGCUGCUGCACCUGGGGGGUUUCAGGGAGUGAAAGCUGCAAGCUGCCCCUUGGUGUUAUCAUAAGCUGGUCCUGCCCAGCCUGAGUUCCUGUAAGGGAAGGACCUGGGGGUCAGGGGGAGCAGCAGCUGCCCCUGGAUGAAGCCAGGCAUAAUUCAGCCAGUACCUGUCUGUCCCAGUCCCUAACUAUUGACACGUUUGCACUUUGAGACAGGCGGCGAAUUAUGUUGAGUGCCAAGUUUAUUCAGAGCAGAGGAAAUGGAUGUUAGAAAAUUAUAAACCGAGCAGAGUUUUCCCUUUGCUGAAGGGAAAAAGUGCUCCAGAACUAACUCAUGGAACCAGGGACAUGGGGGAGAUGGGAAUGAUUCAAUGGGCUCGUUUUGCUGGCAGAAAUGUCAUCACCAGUGCAGAUACAAAAGCAUAUUUGCCAUGUUAACAUUGAAAAUAAUGGUUCUGAAUAAAGUUAACUGCCUAAUGUUAUGACUUCCACUAAAUAUGUGAAUUUGCUGCUUCUAAGAGGCAAUGUGAAAGAGGAAGUAUUACUUUUGUGUACAAAUUUAUUUAUUUAUUAGAGAAUUUGGUACAAUGUUGUACAUUGAAAAACAUGUAAGAUAUUGAAGUGUCUAACAAACGGCAUUGAAGUGUCUUUAAUAAAGGUUCAUUUAUAAUAUUACAGCUGAUCUGUUGAGAGUGAGCUUUUGGGAGUUUCAGUUGGAAAUUAAAUAAAAUUCUAAUCCAUUGC